AUGUCUCCUCGAAAGAGAAUCUCACCUGAAAGCGCUCAAGUGCAACCUACACCAGAUCCCAAUGAUCCGAAAGAUGUCUUGAAGAGUGUCUCGCCCAAGUCGCGCUUGGCGCGCAUCCCCUCACCAGCUCGCUUUUUCUUGGUUGUCUUCGGAAGUUUGAUCCUGAGCUCGGUGCUGUUCACUUCCAUUGCUGGUUUCACGCAAGGUGAUCUCGGGCUGGUGAGCAAGCACCUAGAGGAAUGGUGGGAAGUGGGGGGCUUGAUCGCGUGGAGGGGUGUGGAAGUCGCUUUGGCAUGGCUUCUCGGGUUUGAUGGCCGAGAUGUGGCCUCGUUCCUCUACCUGACACACCUACCAACCUACACCCUUCUGUCCUACUUCUACAAUGUCCGACCAACCUCAGUACUGGCCUCAUAUGCGAUCACAAUCCUCUCGACGGUGAUUCCAUUCGCGCUCCUGCGCCGACCUGCCUCAGUCCAUGAUCUUUCCCACGCGCCCUCCGGUACCGUUGCCAAUCGCGCUAUAUUGCAGGACCGACCAACGACUAUCUACACCACUCUGGCCGCGACCUCUAUUUUCAGCGUCAUCCUGUACGCCAGCUAUGCAUCGUGGCUUCCCGCCAAGCUCGUCGUACACUUCGAGAGCAUGCCGGAUAUUAGUGCCGCGCACGCUGGCCCUGCCGGCCUUCCCGCCCUGUUCCUGACUCUGAUCCCCGCUGGCAUCGCUGCGCGUGACUUCUUGUUUGUGAGCUCCACGGGCCAUUCAGAGGGAACUACCGAGGAAGUGGAUCAGUCUGCGAGCCGUGAGGGGGAGUACUUGGUCACGGCGGUGUACCGAAAGACCUGGGGCCAAUUGUCGACAAAGACUAGGAUCCUCGCUUCGCGGACUAUACUCCUCGCCACUGGCGUGCUUGUCAACACCGCAGUUCAGGUGGCGGGCACCAUUCGGGGUGUUUCCAUUGAGGGCGCGUCUACUUGGGGAGCGGUCUGGGCUGUUUCGACAGUGGCAGUGGGUGCAACCUUUGGUUGGAUUGAGGCGGUAGAUGGGGUAUAA